AUGUCGUUGCCUAGUGCCGCAAAUGCAAAUGCAGCAGCAACUGCUAGAAGAAGAGGUCCUAAUUUAAACAUUGUAAUUUCCUGUCCGGAAUGUAAAGUUUAUCCUCCGAAAGUUGUUGAGAGGUUUAGCGAGGGGGACAUUGUGUGCGCUCUUUGUGGGCUAGUUUUAUCCGAUAGAAUAGUGGAUACCCGGUCAGAGUGGCGUACCUUUUCCAACGAUGACCAAAAUGGUGAAGAUCCUAGUCGUGUUGGUGAGGCGUCAAACCCAUUAUUAGAUGGUAACCAUUUGUCCACCAGAAUUGGACAAGCUCAAGGCAGUGAUGUGAAGUUAACUAGGGAACUAAAUAGGGCUCAAAGUAAAUCUAUAGUGGACAAGAAGGAUAAUGAGUUACAGGCAGCUUAUGCAAAGAUCACGAUGAUGUGUGAUGCUGCAGAGUUGUCUAAAAUUGUUAAGGAUUGUGCGAAGGAAGCAUAUAAGCUCUGUUUUGAGGAAAGAGCAUUAAAGGGAAAAUCUCAGGAGAGUAUAAUGGCAUCUGUCAUAUUGGUUGGCUGUCGAAGAGCUGAGGUUGGCAGGUCUUUUAAGGAGAUUUUGUCGUUAACUAAUGUUAGAAAAAAGGAAAUCGGGAAGACUUUUAAUAUAAUCAAGAAUAUCCUUCGUGAAAAGAAUGAUGGUGGAUUUGCAAAUAUUGAUACUGCAAAUAUUUCAACAGGCCAAACGAGUGCAGAAACUUUUAUUCCCAGGUUUUGCUCACACUUGGGUCUUUCAGUCCAAGUUGCCAACGCCGCUGAAUAUAUUGCGAAGCAUGCCAAGGACAUCAACGUACUAGCUGGUAGGUCACCAAUCACUAUUGCUGCAUCCGCCAUUUAUAUGGCUAAUCUCUUGUUUAAAUUUAAUAUUACUCCUGCCCAAAUUAGUGCCACACUUCAAGUAACCGAAGGUACUGUGAAAGGCGGUUAUAAGAUUUUGUACGAAUAUAAGGAAAAAGUUGUGGAUCCUGAACUAAUUGCAAGUGGUAAGGUUAGUUUUCAGGAUUUGCCUAAGGUCAGUGAUAAAGGUGAUAAAUGA